GAUAUUGGUUGGCAAACAAAUGUUAUCAUUCGUUCGUGAUUUGUAAUUCUUAUUGGAUAAAGAAGAAGAUAUGGCUGUCAUACAAAUUAUUCUCACUCACUCUCCAAACAUUCUCUCUCAACUCAUUAUGUUUCUCUGUUUUUCUUUACAAAUCCUCCCGUUUUCGAUCUCGAGAAACCUAACUAUAAAUUUCGGUCGGUAAAAAUUCUAUGUGUUGUGUUGUGCGUGAGAAAAAUAUUCAAUUUUCAUUGGGAAAAUAAUUAAAGAAAAUCAAAAAAUCUAACAAAUACAAAUGAAAGCGCGGAUCAUCGAUGUCAAGUGAAUGCAAUUUUCAAAUGUGCGGAUGUAAUCGAAGAAGUGCGAGAAAUGAAUGGGCAAUAGAAUUUGUUGGCUAACGCCCCCCAAAAGGAAGUGUAUGGACUGUGCCGCCCCGCGCUUCCGAAAUAGAUGGACGGACACGAGUGCAUGGAAAGGGAGUAGUGUGUUACCACGAAAAAAGAACGAAAUCUUUCCUGAAUAGAAACGCAUAAUAGCCCAGAAUUACAAGAAACGGGACAGGGCAAGUGAGUGCGUGUGUGUGUGACUUGUUGUUGGCCACCAGGCUGAGUUUUUCCUUGGAAGGGAAGCUAUUGCACGAAAAAAAAAACAAAUAAAAUAGAAAAUGUGCAGUGCUUGGAGUAGAUACAAACGACAACAAUGUAUGUGUAGUUUGCCAUUCAUCUCCUUUAGUUGUAGCUGGGAGCUCUUAGAUGUAUCGUAAAUCUCAUCGGGCAGCGAGAUGCAAGCGUUAUCGAGUAGUAAUUUCGGUGAAAUCGUGCAGCUACGAAAAGCAAAAACAAAUGAAUGACCCACAAAGGGCACCAUAAACUGAACAUAGUUGUCAAAUCCCCCCAAUCCUUGAGUGAAACACAUCUACUAACCACUAGUCCCACCUUAACAAAACGAAGAAUACCCUUGAAAAACCGCGACCAUUUCACUAUCCGAAAUAAAUUGUUGAACACCCCUUCUCCCCCAUUUCCUUGUUAAAGCAAACGCCAUUCAGUGAACUUGUCCUAGGCCAUUUCACGGUAGAUUAGUAGAAAAAUGCAAGCCAAGAAACGUUAUAUUUUGGUUUUUGUGUCGUGCGCGUUCCUCGCUUACUGUUAUUUCGGCGGUUACCGGCUGAAAACUGCAACGCAUCGUCGUCGAAAUUCCGGGCUGCCGUCAUCGUCAUCAUCGAACGCGGACAGUGAUAGUGAAACCUUAGAUCAAUUGCCAAGCUUUGUGGCCAGUGAAAUGGGUCGGGACUUCCUGCACUCUGUUAAGCCCGAUGUAGUAGAGCUGGUACACAAGACUCGAAGCUCUAUGCUUAGUACCUCGAAUUCAGCAGCGCCGGCAGCAGCAGUAGCUGCAGAUCAGCAGUUGGCCAACUCCAACAGCCAAGGCAGCUCCGCAACGUCUUCCUCCACGUCCAUGCGUCCUUGUCGCAUGGAAACCUGUUUCGACUUCAGCAGAUGUUACAAUGAGUUUCUCAUCUAUGUCUAUCCACCUGAACCAUUAAACUCGUUGGGUGCCGCUCCACCGAUAUCGCCCAAUUAUCAAAAAAUCAUAACCGCCAUACAAGAAUCGCGAUAUCAUACGCCGGAUCCUCAAAAGGCAUGUCUGUUCGUAUUGGGUAUUGAUACCCUGGAUCGCGACUCGCUGUCCGAGGAUUACGUGCGCAAUGUGCCAUCUCGUUUGGCUCGUCUACCCCAUUGGAACAAUGGUCGUAAUCAUGUCAUCUUCAAUUUGUAUUCGGGCACGUGGCCCGACUAUGUUGAACAUUCGCUGGGCUUCGAUACGGGUGAGGCGAUUUUGGCCAAGGCCAGUAUGAGUAUCCAGCAUGUUCGUCAUGGCUUCGAUAUAAGCAUUCCAUUGUUUCACAAGCAAUUUCCGUUGCGUGCCGGUUCAACGGGUCUGGCCUCAUCGAUGCACUUUCCGUCGAACAAGAAGUACCUACUGGCCUUUAAAGGAAAACGGUACGUGCAUGGCAUUGGCUCGGAGACACGUAAUUCCCUCUUCCAUUUGCAUAAUGGCCGUGAUAUUAUUUUGGUCACAACAUGUCGUCAUGGCAAAAGUUGGCGAGAAUUGCAGGAUGCCCGAUGUGACGAGGAUAAUCGAGAAUAUGACAGAUACGACUAUGACACGCUGCUGCUCAACUCAACAUUCUGCCUGGUGCCUCGGGGGAGACGUUUGGGUUCCUUCAGAUUUCUCGAAGCCAUCCAGGCCGGCUGCAUUCCCGUACUGCUGUCCAAUGACUGGGUUUUGCCAUUCGAGUCGAAAAUUGAUUGGAAACAAGCGGCUGUUUGGGCCGAUGAAAGACUGUUAUUGCAGGUUCCUGAAGUCGUUCGUUCAAUAACGGACGAGCGAAUAUUUGCAUUACGCCAACAAACACAAGUGCUCUGGGAGCGGUAUUUCGGAUCGAUAGAGAAAAUUGUGUUUACAACUUUUGAGAUUAUACGAGAGCGUUUACCGCAUUACCCAGAGCGAAAUAGUAUAGUCUGGAAUACAGCACCAGGUGCUCUUCUUACACUUCCAACAUUCGCUGAUAGUUCCAGAUUUAUGCCAUUUUUGUUGGACGAUAUAAACUUGAGAACAAGAGACAAUUACACAGCCGUGAUAUAUGUUCAAAUAGGUGCACCCUUAGGUCCUAAUAAUGCACUUUACAAACUAGUCAAAACCAUAACAAAAAGUCAAUUUGUAGAUAGGAUUAUUGUUUUAUGGGCGGCUGAUCGCCCCAUUCCGGCUAAGAAACGUUGGCCACCCACUUACCAUAUACCAUUCCAUGUGAUAUCACUCGGCAGCUCAUAUCAAACAAAGUCCGCUGCGGCGGCUGUACUCAAGGGAGGAGUAGGAGGAGGUGUAAGCGGUGGUCGUGGAGAGACCGGCGGCGGAGGAGUGGGAGCAGAUAAUGUGAGAAAUGUAGAAAACGAUGGUGCCUUAAACGGUCGCUCAGCAUCCCAGCACAAAAACCAUAAUUAUAAUGAUAAUAAGAAUAGGAAUAAUGCACAUUCACCUGAUGGCGAGACGCCGACUGACAACGACGCUGAUGCGACCGACGAACGCCCCAGUAUAUCCCAACGAUUUUAUCCUUAUGACGAAAUACAAACAGAUGCUGUAUUAUCAUUGGACGAGGACGCCAUACUCAACACAGACGAGUUGGACUUUGCCUAUACGGUGUGGCGUGACUUUCCCGAUCGCAUUGUGGGCUAUCCAGCUCGUGCUCACUUCUGGGAUGAUUCCAAGAAUGCUUGGGGUUACACUUCUAAGUGGACAAAUUACUAUUCCAUUGUUUUGACUGGUGCCGCUUUCUAUCAUCGCUACUACAACUACUUGUACACCAACUGGUUGUCGUUGCUACUCCUGAAGACUGUACAACAAUCUUCCAAUUGCGAAGACAUCCUAAUGAACUUUCUCGUAUCGCAUGUUACCCGAAAGGCUCCCAUCAAAGUAACACAGCGCAAAGGUUACAAGGAUCGUGAAACGGGGCGUUCGCCUUGGAAUGAUCCAGAUCACUUUAUACAGCGUCAGAGUUGUCUCAACACCUUUGCCGCUGUUUUUGGCUACAUGCCACUCGUACGUUCCAAUAUGCGUUUAGAUCCCAUUCUAUAUCGCGAUCCCGUCUCAAAUUUGCGGAAAAAAUAUCGACAAAUCGAAUUGGUUGGCAGCUAGCGUUCCAUAAAUAACAGCUUGUAAAUGUUUAAAAAAUAAAAGAAGCAACAACAACAAAAAUAAAUAUAAACACUAAAUCAAUAGCCGCGCAGCAACAAUGAAACAUGAAAGCCGCCACAGAAACAGCAAAAAUUACAACUUCAACAGCAACAAACAACAAAUAUCCAAAUCCAAUUAUACAUUAAGCAAUUAUUGAAUAAUGUUAGUUAAAAUAUUAAAUAUUUUAUUAGUUUUCUAAGCGCAAAAAAAAAACAAAAACAUAAUGUAAUCAUACAGACACACUUAUAUAUAAAUAUAUGGUAUACUGUAUGAGUAUAUAAUAUUAUACAUAUACAUAUAUUAACGUAUAUAUACAUAUACAUAUUUAGAAUAAUAUACAUAUAAAUAUAUAGAUCAACCCUAUCCCCACCAGACACCAAAAACCCAAAAAAAAAAAACUAAAACAACUAAAACCUAAAAAAUAACCUUCCUAACGAAAGAAAACUCAAAGCAAAUAAAACAAAUAUGCCCUAGCCGAAAAGAUUGUAAAAAUUCCGAACGAAAACUCCAAAAAAAAAAAACACAAAAAAAGAACAAGGUGCCGUAGUAAAUAUUAAGUAAGACAAAAAGAAGAAGGCGAAAACAAAACAAAAAGCGUAUGAAAAAACAAAAACAAAACAAAAUAUAACAAAUUUUGAGGAA